AUGGACUCCCCCGCCGCCCCCGUCCCUUUCGACCCGCAGGAGCAACCGAUCCUGGAGCGUCUUCUCCGGACCAGAGAUGCACUCCUGCUGCUGAAACAAGACAAGUCGUCCUAUAUCAAAUCUCGCGAUGUGCUGCCGCUAUACGAAGAAGUGAUCUCCGAGGUGGAAAAGCUCAAUGCUCGCCUGCUUGACCACCUCGAAGAAGCUGGCUUUUACAGCUCAAAAGACCUCAGCUCGAUCACCAAGACCCUGAAUAACAUGAAGGAGACAGUCGAGCGUGGUCGAGACGCAUAUUCCCCAGCUUUGAUGACGCUCUUGGAAAGUCGACUUGAACAGUGUCAAUUGAAGUUGAAUAAGUUGCGGAGCGGCCUUGAAGCCAUGAACCCUGAACUGGCACCCAUUCAUGAGACUCUCGUUUCAGUCUUGCGGUCCACAGCGGCAGCUAAUACUCGAUCAAAGUUCUCGGCAACGGAAGUGAUCAAUCUUCGGAAGCAGUUGACGAAAAUUCAAGACACAAUGAAGGACGGUAACUUCAUUGGAGCAGAUGGCAAGCCCCUCGAGGGGCAAGAGGGGGUCAAACAACUACUGGAUCGGUGCUGGCGUUGGACCGAGAUUGUGCUGGAAAGAGAGGGGAAGAUUGACGAGCGCUUCCGCGACCAAUACGAACGACUGCUAGAUAUUCGUAACCAGCUGGAUCGACUCUCCGUAACUCAGGCCUGGUCUCUUCGGGAGACCGACCUUUUCGGAUAUCAGCGGAAACUCGACCGUAUUGAUGAAGCUCGGGUCGAUGGAAAUUUUGUGGAUGCUGAAGGGCAGCUGGCAGAUAUCCAUGCGCAGCGUACAUUACUGUACCUCAUUCGGAGGAGCUACGCCUAUAUCUACGCACUUCUGAUCUCUUCGGAACCCGUAUCUGAGGCCUUGCUGCCAGUCUACAAUCAAUUGCAGACCUUGCGACGAUGUCUCCUGGAAGUCAAAGAGUCUGGAGCUUCCUUGCAAGGCACAGAAGUUGACAUCGUACAGCUCAACUCCAUUGACAACAUGCGAGUUGACGGCAAAUUUUACAUGGGAAACGACAUUCCUGAAGGACAGGGCAGCGUUAAUGCGCUGCUGGCUGAAUGCUAUGAUAUUGUAUGGGAGCUGCGCGCGGCUGUACCUGACGACUGA